AGGAGCUGACACACCGUCCCCGCUGACUUCCCUCAGGUCCGCUAUAAAACGCGCGCGUCACUCUCCUGACGGGUCAAACACUCCGUCCAGACUGAUCCGGAAUAACAAAGUCAAUACCGCAAGUUGUACUUGCACGCGCUGCACCUGCUUUCGACAUUGGUUUCUAGAUCUCCUGAAAAGUAGUUGACCUAUAAGACAUGGACUCCGAUACCAGCAGAGUGUCCAGUCGGCCCUCCUCUCCGGAAGGAGAUGAUUUGUUCCUCUCUGCGGUGAAGAAAUCAGCGGGUUUCUCGGGCGCAGUGUCUUCUACGCAGAGUGACUCGCCCCCUGAGCUGAGCGCGGACCUGCGCGGCCUUUCGAGCGGCGACGAGAACGCGCUCGCCCUAAAGAUGUUCUCCAAGAAAGAUCGCAAGCUUCUGUCCGAGAGUGAACUACAGAGCAUCCGCCUGAAGAUCAACAGCCGCGAGCGCAAACGCAUGCACGACCUGAACAUCGCCAUGGAUGGUCUGCGCGAGGUCAUGCCUUACGCGCAUGGCCCCUCGGUUCGCAAACUCUCCAAGAUUGCAACGCUUCUGCUGGCGCGCAACUACAUCCUCAUGCUUAGUAACUCGCUCGAAGAGAUGAAGCGACUCGUCAGCGAGAUCUAUGGGGGCGGAGGUGGAGGCAGCAGCGGUGCCCACCACGCGACCUUCCACCCGUCUGCCUGCGGUACACUGGCGCACGCUACAGCUCCACUGGCUAGCCAUGCAGCAGCAGCAGCAGCUGCCGCCGCCGCUGGAUCUCAUCCGGUUCACCAUACUCUGCUUCCUCCAACCGUGUCCAGUGCAGCCGCCUCUCUACCAGGGCCAGGCCUUUCGGCCGCGGCUGCAGUCAGACCGCAUCACGGACUCCUGAAGGCGCCGUCGGCCGGGGCGAGCCCUCUCACAUCGGGCUUCCAACACUGGGGCGCGAGCAUGCCGUGCCCGUGCAGCAUGUGCCAGGUCCCAGCGCCUCACGUGUCCGCCAUGAGCUCGGUCAGCAUUCCGCGCCUGACCAGCGACACCAAAUGACUCAAGAACCUUUGUUAAACCAUGCGGAUAAAUAUUAAGACUUUAUAUUUAGAGACACUUAAAGACAAUUCGUGGUUUGACACAGCCUCAUACACUUCUUCGUGCCAUAAUCGGCUUUGUCUCCAAAAAUAAGUUGCGGGUGAAUUGGAGCAUUAAGAAAGACAGCUCAGUGACACUAACAUAGAUGUUUUUGCUAACAUGUUAGCUGAAGUAGGUUUUACAGCAGGGUACAUUUAUGUGAGUCUAUUCUGUCUCUUUCAAAAAACAAAAAAAACAACAUGGGGAGUAUAACCCAAACCUUGGCGAUACGUGUGUAAAUAAAUUUGUAAAUAUGUAGUGUUUGUACAGUAUGAGAGCUUCUAUAUUAGUUUUGGGGUAAAUUCGUUUACCUGAGACUGAAGUCGUAUUGCACCUGCUCAUCUCUCCCAUGUCUUUCUUAAUUUCCCUCUUUCUCCCUCUUUUAUUUCCUUUUUCUUAUUUUGCUCCUGGUUUAUGUUGUCACUGUCCGACACAAAGAAUGGUCAUUUUUAUUUUUUAUAAAAGUGUGAAACGAUAUUUAUUUACUUAUUUUCGAUUUUAUGCUAAAUGAAUGAGGAAUGUACUGAAACUGUAAAUGUAGUUAAAUAAAAUAAUUAUUAAUAA